GCAUACAAAAGUCAUCUUGGUGAAAUAAGCCGUGCAAAGGUGUCUAUAUUGUAUAAAGAUUGGAAUCAAGUUCCACAAGGAAUAAAAGACACUUUGUGGGAAGAUGUUAAGAGAGAGUUUCAAAUCGAAGAAGAUGAAGACAAGAAAAAAAAGGUCCUACGCACUUGUGAUAAAACUUGGAGAGAUUUUAAAACAAAAUUGGUCAGUGGUUGGAUCACAUGUACCAGGAAUAUGCCGAAGGAGAAAAGAAUGCUGUAUGUACUCUAUGAUUUCAUAUAUGAGGAUAUGUGGAAAACAUUUGUGGAGGAGCAUAGUACAAAUGAUUUUAAGGAAAUCAGUGAGAAGGCAAGACAAAGCCAGUCUUUCAACGAAUACCCUCACCAUUUAGGAGCCAAAUCAUAUGGUGAAAUGAAUAUUGUAUGGCGUAGAAAAGGGUAUAUUCCCACAGCAUCUUCAGCAUCCAGUACUUCAUCUUGUUCUUCGGUUGUGUCUAGUUUGCCGGAUAGGACAUAUGCUUGGCUUCUAGCAAGAUCAAUAGAAGAUGAUAAGGGAAAUCCUUAUUUGCCGGAUGAGAAAACAAGAGAGGUGAAAGAAUCCAUUGAUAAUUGGAGAAAGCAACAAGUUGAUGGAAAAUUUGUUCCUAAUAGGCAUGAUGACAUCUUAUCUCGUGCCCUUGGGAAAAAAGAUCGUAAUGGUCGGGCAAUAGCAUUUGGCAGUGGAAUUGGCAUUAAAGCUGUAUGGGGAUCCGGAGAGAGGCGUAGUGGCCGACGGGGUAGGGAAUUCGGAGAUGCUGAGCUGGAAGAAUUAGAGGCAAGAGUAGCUUGGAGGGUACGAGAGGAGACUAUGCAGGAGAUGGAUUCUAAAAUGGAUUCCAUGGUUCAAGAGAAGUUUAUGUUAUUUGCUAAAUAGAUUGGUAUUCGAAUUCCAACUGAAUUGAUGGAAAUGAAUAACAUAGGCCAGACGACUCAACAAAACCCUAGUAGUUGCCAAUCAGUGGGUGAUGAUCCAUUUGCAAACAUACAGGUAUCCAAAACUUUGUUAUUUUAAAUUUUUUACCUUUUUUUUUUUAAUGAUUUAUGACUACGACAUACUUUUAACUUUGUAACUCAGUUUUCUAUUUUUUUAAAUAAUGAUUUUUUUUCUAUCUUUGUAAGGAACCGGUUCCAUGUCGGCUAUCAUUGUUGAAAAAUGACUCUGAGAAAGUCAUUGUCGCUAAAGGUACAUAUCAUCCGGAGUUAAUCCUUGAUCAUCAUAGUAACCUUCUUCCGGAUCACGUGAGGGUAAGUGUUGAUGAUUUUUUUGACGAGUUCAAAGAAUUCUUGGUUCCAGUUCCUUCUUCAGUCAUCAAGAAACUUAAGCAUGCUCACGGUACAUUUACCCAAUGGCCGAAAGACUUGGUUUCACUCAUGCAUGACAAGGUAAAUUAUUUUUGUAACAAUUUACAUAUAGU